ACUUUUACACAUGGACAUAAAUUCCUCACUGAGGUUCAGAGCGCCUCGCCUGCUUCCUGCCUCUACUGCAGUACAUUAAAGGAGCAUAAGGAGACGUUAAAGGAGCGUAAGGAGGCGUUAAAGGAGCGUACGGAGACAUUAAAGGAGCGUAAGGAGGCGUUAAAGGAGCGUAAGGAGGCGUUAAAGGAGCGUACGGAGACAUUAAAGGAGCGUAAGGAGGCGUUAAAGGAGCGUAAGGAGGCGUUAAAGGAGCGUACGGAGACGUUAAAGGAGCGUAAGGAGGCGUUAAAGGAGCGUACGGAGACGUUAAAGGAGCAUACGGAGACGUUAAAGGAGCGUAAGGAGGCGUUAAAGGAGCGUACGGAGACGUUAAAGGAGCGUAAGGAGGCGUUAAAGGAGCGUACGGAGACGUUAAAGGAGCGUACGGAGACAUUAAAGGAGCGUAAGGAGGCGUUAAAGGAGCGUAAGGAGGCGUUAAAGGAGCGUACGGAGACAUUAAAGGAGCGUACGGAGACAUUAAAGGAGCGUAAGGAGGCGUUAAAGGAGCGUAAGGAGACAUUAAAGGAGCGUACGGAGACGUUAAAGGAGCGUACGGAGACGUUAAAGGAGCGUAAGGAGGCGUUAAAGGAGCGUAAGGAGACGUUAAAGGAGCGUACGGAGAUGUUAAAGGAGCGUAAGGAGGCGUUAAAGGAGCGUACGGAGACGUUAAAGGAGCGUAAGGAGACGUUAAAGGAGCAUAAGGAGACAUUAAAGGAGCGUAAGGAGACAUUAAAGGAGCAUAAGGAGACAUUAAAGGAGCAUAAGGAGACAUUAAAGGAGCAUAAGGAGACGUUAAAGGAGAGUAAGGAGACAUUAAAAGAGCAUAAGGAGACAUUAAAGGAGCAUAAGGAGACAUUAAAGGAGCGUAAGGAGACAUUAAAGGAGCGUAAGGAGACAUUAAAGGAGCAUAAGGAGACGUUAAAGGAGAGUAAGGAGACAUUAAAGGAGAGUAAGGAGACAUUAAAGGAGCGUACGGAGGGUUUGAACCUGAACCUGAACCAGGAGGGUCUGAACCUGAACCUGAACCAGGAGGGUUUUGUGUGAUGGACCUGAUGAGCAGACAUCUGGUCUGUUCUCAGGUGUGAUCUGGAUCAGGGAGCUCAGAUCCUCUGUUUGGCUGACGCUGGUCUUAACCUCGUUAGCAGCUAAUCCCCUCAGAGCUACAUGAACAGCUUUAAC